AUGUACAAGCACUCAAAUCUGGGUCCUAAUUAUAAUGAAUGGUUGAAAACGGCUCAUUUACUUGAUCCUCCAUUUGACUAUUUCUCCUUUGCCGAGUUAAUUUUGAAAGACAAACACGUUACGAAUCUUAUUUACAAAAGCAUAUUAACAGAAUAUGUGAAAAAAUCCAAUAAGUACUUGAAUGAAGGUGUAAAAUCCUUGAAAUUAUUUGAGGGGUAUAUGUGUUCUUACCACUACAACCAUCUCGCCAACCAGUCGCGUACAAAGGAAGAUGGUCCUUUUGGUAGUGCCUUUAAAAAAUAUUGGAUUAAAAGAGAGGAGGAACGUACUGUUGAGAGUAUAAGAAAAAGACAAUUGGAAGGCACAUCAAAUAUCACUAAUGAUAUCGUUUCAAAUAUGGAGCGAAUUAUUAAAAAGUCAUGUGCCACAAGCCCACACUUUUCUGUUAGUCCAUCCACAUCCGCAAUAUCAAGCACAUAUAUUGCGGAUGAAAAGACAGAAACAUCCACUAUCAGCAGCGAAGACAUAGCAAGCUGUGAUAUAAGUCCUACAGGUUACGCUUACAAAAAAUAUGAUGGUCUCAACGUGUUGGAUCUUGACAACCCUGAUAUCUUAGAAUAUAUGUCUGGGACUUUGUUAGAAGAAUCCGGCGCCAGCAUCAAAUCAUUGACUGACCCUCCAAAAAUUGAAUUAAGUGAACCGUGCAAGGAUAUUUUGAAUCUUAUUUCCAAAUCUUCUGCUUCAGCAACAUGCAUAAAGUCUCAAAUAAGGUCUUUUAUUGGAACUAAUAAUUCUCUGGAUGAAUCUGAAUAUGCUGACUAUUACUUUGCGGAAUCUACACUUCAUCAUUUCUUGCAAAUGAUGACCAGCCCAAGAAACCCAAUUCUAUUCCCAAUGAAAGAGAGGACAGCUGCUCCAAUUACAGCAAUAUACUUGUUACAUGCAAUGUUCUUAAGCUGUAAUGACCUAGUAUCUUUCCAUUGGAUUGAGCGGACAGCUGAUAUAACAGGAGCUGCGAAUUGGGAUGGAAUAUGCUUUUCAAUCAAAGAUAAGCGUCUCACGCCCGUUUUGAUUGAAUUUUCUGGAGGGAUUCACUUUAAUAGUACCACAGAAAAAGAGCAAAGAGAUGAAAGCAAAAUGAUACGAAAUAUGGUUAAGCUCUUGGAAUAUGCCAAAUAUGUCAAAAAGCACAAGUCCCCUGUCCCGCAGUUCUACUGUCGUUUCUUCACCAACCAGAUUUUCUUUGAAGCCAUAUUUUUAGUUGACGAAGAAACUAGACUUGUAAAAAGAACUUUUUGCAAGAUUCCCUGUCCGGUAACCCCACGCGAGCUAAAGAUCUUUGCUGAAAACAUUCCUGCUAUGUUAAAAUGGAAGCAGGCAAUAAUAAACUAUGUGAUCGAAUCACAAAAGUGA